AUGGAGUGGAUGCGCUUCUUCAAGGAUCUGUGUCUGAAUUCCAGACACACAGUAUGGCUCGCACCACUUCUGGUAUUAGGCGACGCCUUCCUGUGCACCCUCAUCAUAUGGAAGAUCCCUUAUACUGAGAUCGAUUGGUCUACGUACAUGCAGCAGAUAGCCCUCUAUCUUGCCGGCGAGCGCGACUACACCCGGAUCAAAGGCUCCACGGGCCCGCUCGUCUACCCCGCCGCCCAUGUCUACAGUUACAGCUUCCUCUACCACCUCACGGACGAAGGUCGGGACAUUUUCUCCGGCCAGGUCCUGUUCGCGGCGCUGUACCUGGUGACCCUCGUCGUCGUGCUGGCUUGCUACAGGCAGUCCGGUGCGCCGCCGUAUCUGUUGCCGCUCCUCGUCCUCUCCAAGCGGCUGCACAGCAUCUUCGUCCUCCGGCUCUUCAAUGAUGGGCUGGCGGCCUUGGCCAUGUGGCUCGCUGUCUGGUUGUUCCAGAAUCGGAAGUGGACGGCGGCCGUUACCGUCUGGUCGGUCGGGGUGGGCAUCAAGAUGACCUUGUUACUUCUGGCCCCGGCCGUUGCAGUGAUUACGGUCCUGAGUCUGUCCCUCGGGCCUAGCGUCAGGCUCGGUGUGGUGGCAUUGCUUAUCCAGGUUUUAUUGGCGAUUCCGUUCCUACGAGAAAACCCAGCAGGAUAUCUUGCGCGAGCUUUCGAGCUGACCAGGCAGUUUAUGUUUAAAUGGACGGUCAAUUGGCGAUUUGUGGGUGAAGAACUGUUCCUAUCCAGAAGGUUCUCCUUGACAUUGCUUGCUAUCCAUUUUGUCUUGCUGGUGCUAUUUGUUGCCUUUGGCUGGCUCAAACCGGUCAGUUCUCGCCUGCCGGAGUUCAUCCAGACCCUGCUCACGGGUCGACACCGCCCCGUCCCACUGUCCAAAUCGUAUAUCAUGACCGCGUUGCUGUCAUCGCUUGCGAUUGGUCUAUUGUGUGCAAGGUCGCUCCAUUACCAGUUCUUCGCCUAUCUCUCCUGGGCAACGCCGUUCCUUCUCUGGCAAUCGGGCCUCCACCCCGUUCUGCUGUACGCCGUUUGGGCAGCUCAGGAAUGGUCGUGGAACACAUACCCAAGCACCAACACGAGUUCCAUCGUUGUCGUCCUCUCCCUUGCGAUUCAAGUCUUUGGUGUUCUCGCGAAUAGCACCAACGCCUUCGCCGCUACGCAUGCGAAGCAAGGCAGAAAGGAGCAUCUCCAAUAA